UAAAAUUUAAGCAGGAAAAAUAAUAUUAAGGAAGAUUUUUUAAAAGAAUAGCUUUUGAUUGUAUUUCAAAAGUUUGGUUUUCAAUUCAAUGACUAUUAACGAAUAUUAUCACUAAUACUUGCAAAACGGUCCGUACAGUAUCGAAGGAACUGUUCCUAAGUUCCUAGUAUUCUUUUUUUUUUUUUUUAAUUUUAAUGGCCGACCAAGCGAAGCGGGUGUUCGACGCUUGUCGCGAAAAUUCUAUUUAAAUUUUGCGAUUUACUACCGUGAUUUUACAUUUGGUAUUUUUGAAGUAAUUCACUUUUAAGUUAUUUUCGAGAAGUGGUUGUGUUUAAUUCGCAGCGAUGUUGGGUUCUGGGGAUAGUAGUUACAUUAUAAAGUUGCGCGGACUGCCUUUCUCCACCACGGUGGAAGAUGUCCUCGAUUUCCUGAGCGGCGUCAACGUGUAUAACGGCAAAGAAGGAGUACAUUUAACUGAAGUGCGUCCAGGCCGACCUUCUGGUGAAUGUUUUGUGGAAGUGGAAAGCCAGCAGGAUGUGGAAGAAGCUCUCAAGAAGGACAAGGACAAUAUGGGAAAACGGUACAUUGAAGUUUUCUCCACUGACCGCCAAGACAUGGAAUGGGCAAUAAACGCUAUGCAUCAAACUGAUAACGGCGGUGGCUUUGACGGCAUACCCAAUGUAUCUGAUGACAUGGGCAUUGUCAAGCUCCGUGGCCUACCAUUCGGCUGCAACAAGGAAGAAGUCAUACAGUUCUUUGACGGCCUGACGGUCGCCACGGAUGGGGUCCACUUACUCUCCGACGUGACGGGGCGGGCCUCGGGCGAGGCCUUCGUUCACUUCGUAGACAAGGAGAGCGCACAAGAGGCGCUCAACAGGGACAGGGAGAAAAUAGGACACAGGUACAUAGAAGUGUUCCUGAGUUCGGCAGACGAAGUGAGAUCGUACACCGCUCGCAUUGAGAGUGGGUUCCGUUCGUCCCGAGGGUACAGGCCGACCCCAUAUGAUAGGAACGACCGGUUCUCCGGAAGGUUCGGCGGCAGGGGCCGAGGUUCUUUCGGUAGGGGUGGUGGAUACGGCGGUGGUCGCGGCGGGUUCCGUCGCGGCGGUGGUCACCAUUGCGUGCACAUGCGCGGGUUACCCUUCAAAGCUUCACCACAGGACAUUGCUUAUUUCUUCAAGCCGAUCCGUCCGAUGACCAUCAACAUAUUGUACGACAACAGCGGCAGGCCGUCUGGCGAGGCUGACGUCGAGUUUGAGUGCCAUGAGGAUGCUAUGAGGGCAAUGAGACGCGACAAGAACAACAUGGACCACCGUUACAUCGAGCUAUUCCUCAACUCUUCGCCCGGAGGUGGUGGCGGUGGCGGCUUCAAGCCCAACAGGAAUUUCAGGAACAACUACUGAACCAAGUCACAGCGGUAAGCGGGUACCUGAUGAAACACUGAUGCUGACUUAACAUCCUAGAAAUUUUCUUAAUUGUAUGUUGUUUUUAACCAACUGUGUCAGAAAGAUAGUUGCGUUUUAGCCGUAUACUCAUAUGGCUUUGUGUAUUCGAACUGAGCUUAUAGUUGAAACGAUUUCUUGGUUAAACUAAGAUAAAUUUUGAUGAGCUCAAAAAGUAAAUCUAUGAAGAUUUGGUCAACUUUCUCCUCCUUUGACUAUAAAAAAGAUCAUUGAAUAUCCCUAGUCAAAGGGUUUUGAUGUCAAGAUUAUAACGAGCCUUAUUUGAUCAGUGUUUCGUAAACAAGUCUCCCUUAUCGCUAGAAUUUUGACUCCAUUUAAACAUUGACUGUCAUUUCGCAAGUACAUUUUAUUAGAUUAAUAAAAACUAGUACACAAAAGUUAUCAUGGCAAAUGCAAUUUUUUGACCAGCGAAAAUGUUCGUACUUUAUGUACGGAAGUCAAAAAUAUAGGUAUGUUUUUACCAUCUUUUAGCUAGGUAAGUCAAAAUUUUGAUAAUAUCUCAUCACUUUCAUUCAUAAUAUUAAUAACUGAUAUGCCAACAUAACUGAUAGGUUAGUAAAUUCAUAGUCUACCAUAAGGUAAUAAUAAUUAGCAGUUCUGCGUUAGUUAAAUAAAAUCCUACAUUUAAAAUAAACAUUUUGAGAGAAUGAACAUAGCAGUCAAUUAGUAUUACAUAAUGUGGUACAAUCAAGAUUAAGGCAGACCUGCUAAUUUGUUAUCUUAUGGAAUACAAAUAUACCUUAAAAAUACUUGUAUAGAUUUUGGUGAUUGUCUUACAAAAUAUAAUUAAAAUAACUUACUGGUCACAGUUUUAUUUAACAAGUUUGGAUAUACUUAAUUUUUCGACUAUACGCCAUAUUGGUGAAGUUUAUUACGAAAGACAUUUAUUAAAUUUAUGUCGCUUUUUCAGAGGAGAUAUUAGUAGAGUUAGUUUAUAAAUUCGUUCUUUAGUGAGUUUUUCUAGCAGGAACAACGCUUUUUAUUCACACUGCCAGUGAAAGUAUUUUACUAGUCAAAAUGGCAUCUAAUCUAUAUUAUCAACCCGUUAAACUAAUUUAAGAGAUUACAAAUAUUGAUCUAGUAAAAUACUCUCUGAAAACCAAUUCUCAAAACAUUAAACGUAUUAAAAUGUACUUAAUUAAAUAAAUAUUAUUGUAUAAAAUAUAGCAUCGACAACGAAAUAUGUAAAUAUAUGGAAUAACUCACUAAAGAUAUAAAAUUAAGGCUGUAAGUAAACGGGCGAUUAGUCGGACCAAAAAACUUUGAAUUGUCGCAAGUAUAAGAACUGGUUUAUUUGCCAAAACUGAUGGUUGAAUUAUAAAUAUAAUAUAGCCGAUUAAUCGUCCUGGUUUUCGACUAAACCUUACAUUUAUGUACUAAGUACAUAAUAUGUAUUUGGUACAUAAAUACUGUAUACAUAAUAAUAACAUUUUAAAACUGUUUAACUAUAGAACCUUAUAUAUAAAUGUGCGUUGGAGUGGAUCGGGUCCAAAGUUAUUUUUGUACCAUUACUACAAAAUUAGUUUGCCUAUAUUAUUGUACGGAGAUUUUUUUGUAUUAUUUUCCCGCACAAACUUUAUACGUGAGACUAUUAUAGACACUGCGCCAAUAAUUAUUAAAGAUAUUUUCUAAUUACAUAAAAAUAUUAGGCACAUAACAGACUAGCUUGUAAAUGGCAGUCUAUAGUUACUUUAAAUAUAUCUAUGAUUAUGAUGUGUUUAUGAUCAGUAAAGAUAAGUGUUCUGUAUUUUAUGAGUCGCCUCAAGUCUUUGAAAUUAGCUAUCUGUUAUGUGUCUUAUAUUAUCAAGUGUUACUGAAAUAAAUGGUUGUUAUUAUAUUCCUCAAUGCAGAGUAGAUUUUUAAAAUUCUUGUACAGAGAUCUGAAUAUUCUGUAAGUGCAAUGUCUUUUAAACUUAAUGCACGAUACGCAUUUGCGAUUAUUUUCCUAAAAAUCGUUAAUCGCAAGUGUGAAUCGAGCCUAAACGCUCGCAGGUCGCAGUGUCGGCAGGAAAUUGUUUGAUUUUGUGAAACAGACUGUAAAGGAGAAUGUUAAUAUUUGUUUCGUGGAAUACUAGAUAAGUAAUUUUUACUUUAAUAAAUUAAACAGAUGUA